AAAAAGCUUGGCUCUUUCAUUUCGGCCAAUUAAAAUUUUCUGAAAAAGUUGAUAAACUUAUAUUAACCUCCCUCAAGAGAAGACACAGAGGGAGAGAGUUCAGUCUCCCAGUGCUUUUUUUUCGCCCCUUUUGCUUUUGUUACUGUUGUUGUGUACUGCUACUGUUUUCCAUUUAAGAACUGGUCUCAAGUAUCUUUCUUUCUAGAUUCUCGCUCUGUAAUUCUGACCAAGAAUUUAUUUUUCUUCUGGGUUUCGUCAGAAUCCCCGUACCCUUUUUUCUAUACCUUUUAAAUUACUAUAGUCUUUCACUAUACUUUUCACCCCCACCCCCAAUUUGUCUUUCUCAUUGUCUUGGUCUUCUUCUUUUUGUCUCGGUUUCCAUCUUUCAUUACAAUGGAUGAAUAUUACUGCAGAAGGAGUGGACAAAUUCCGGCUUUUGGAGACUGGGAUUAUUCAAACGAGAUGCCGAUUACUCAGUACUUUGAGUCUGCAAGACAAGCGGGGUUGCUUCGCUACAGUUCUUCGUCUGGAGAAUCUGAUCUUUACAUCCGUCGUGGCUGUGGUGGCGGCGAUUUAUACGCUGUCAAUUAUCAGAAACCUCCUCGUAAUGUCAAUGUUGCUCCUCCCAGAAAGACAAGAGUGGGAGAAAAGCGAGGCCUGCAAGUCAAGGAGCAUAAAAAGCAGCAACAAGUGAAGAAGGUGUGUGACUGUCACGUAACUCAACCGCCAAGGAAACAACCACCACCACCACGCUCUAAAUACGGCGUCGUGACCCCCACUCCAUUGCCCGUUCGACCUCCCAAAGCCGUCGACGAAGAUCUCUACAAAAUACCCCCGGAACUCCUCCGCUCACACAAGCGGAAGAAACUGCCAGGAUUCUUCUCAUGCUUGGUGCCUGCAUGUGCCUCUUGAGUUGUGUUCGGAUCUUCACAACAAGCUUCUCUCUUGGGAGUGUUUGAUUCAUAAAAUUAAAGAUGUAUUGUUUAGCCAAUGAGUUGCUCUCUCUGCACAUUAUCUUCCGCCAAAGUUAAUGUAUGAUAUUAGCUAAAAUCAAGCUGUGACAGACUGAGAUUCAAGAAUAGAUGCUAGUUUUUCA